CGAAAAAGAAGAGGCCGAACACGACCGCGCGUGGCGGCUGGCCUCAGCGUGGACAGUCAGCGCCGGUGGCGCCCUAAAAAACUCCGACUUUUCCGCUUCCCUUCCUCCUGGUCCCUACUCCUCCCUCCCGUCAAAUUUUGGCGACAAUUUCUCCUCCCCCAUACUGUUCCCUUUGAUCCUUCCUCCCCCUCGUUGUUCUUGCCGCUUGGCAGAAGGGAAAAAAGUCUAGUUUUUUUUUCCUGCCGAUUUUCCAAGAAACAGAGAGACGGAGGCAUCGAGGCGCCUCCUCGGCGGGGCCCUAUAGACCGCCUCGGCCGCGUCCCCUCCCCGCUGUUCAUCGAUCACUUCGCGCGUGCCGUGGGCUUCGCCGGUGGCCUGGUUGAAGGCAAGGAAAGAGGAGGUGCAUUCCUUGAUCGGUGGUGAUCUUUCGAUUCUGUUUGGUUCGAUUUGAUGCAGGUUUGGUCGUUUUAGAAUAUUGCAUGCUGAGCUAUCUGAAAAAUGGCUCUAGCGUCACCAGUGGACUACGCUGGACCAAUUAGUUCUGGUCAGAACCACCUGGGUUGUAUUGGAGUGCCCAGCAGCAGCCGAUUGGGCUAUGACAAGAAAUUAAGAAUGAGUCAGCUGGUUGUUAGAGCCAUGUCAGUGGAUCGCCCACAACUAGAUUUCUCAAAUCCAGACUGGAAGAAGCAAUUCCAAGAGGACUUUGACAGGCGGUUCAGCUUGCCGCACUUGAGAGAUGUAAUUGAUGUGGAACCAAGGCCAACAACAUUUUCACUCAAGAGCAGAACUCCUCUGGAUAAUGUCAAUGGCGCUAUGCAAGAAUCAUGGAAUGGCUAUGUGAAUGAUAAUGAUAGAGCACUUUUGAAGGUUAUUAAGUUUGCCUCACCAAAAUCUGCUGGAGCUGACUGCAUUGAUCCCGAUUGCAGCUGGAUUGAACAAUGGGUGCACCGUGCUGGCCCACGUAAGAAAAUAUAUUUUGAGCCUCAAUAUGUAAAGGCUGGGAUUGUAACGUGCGGUGGGCUCUGCCCAGGUCUCAAUGAUGUCAUUCGGCAGAUUGUGCUUACACUUGAAAAAUAUGGGGUGAAAAAUAUUGUUGGGAUACAACAUGGUUUCCGUGGAUUUUUUGAGGAUCAUUUAUCGGAAGUGCCGCUUUCUAGGCAUGUUGUCCAAAAUAUCAAUCUUGCUGGUGGCAGCUUCUUAGGAGUUUCUCGUGGUGGUGCAAACAUUUCAGACAUUGUUGACAGUAUUCAGGCCAGGAGGCUUGACAUGCUCUUUGUACUUGGUGGAAAUGGAACUCAUGCUGGAGCAAAUGCUAUACAUGAGGAGUGCCGCAAGAGAAAACUGCAAGUGUCGAUUGUGUGUGUCCCAAAAACUAUUGACAAUGACAUACUGCUGAUGGACAAGACAUUUGGUUUUGAUACUGCAGUGGAAGAAGCACAAAGAGCUAUCAAUUCUGCAUAUAUUGAGGCGCAUUCUGCAUUUCAUGGCAUCGGACUAGUCAAGCUGAUGGGAAGAAGCAGCGGCUUUAUCACAAUGCAUGCUUCCCUGUCAAGUGGCCAAGUAGAUAUCUGCCUGAUACCUGAGGUCCCAUUCACUCUUGAUGGACCGAACGGAGUUCUUCGACACCUUGAGCACUUGAUAGAGACCAAGGGAUUUGCUCUUGUUUGUGUUGCCGAAGGAGCAGGGCAGGAACAUCUGCAGAAGUCAAAUGCAACUGAUGCAUCAGGGAAUAUGGUCCUUGGUGACAUCGGCGUGCACCUUCAGCAGCAGAUCAAGUCUCAUUUCAAGGAAAUAGAAGUUCAUUCUGAUAUCAAAUACAUUGAUCCUACAUACAUGGUCCGCGCUGUGCGCGCCAAUGCAUCUGAUGCCAUCCUAUGCACCGUGCUUGGUCAGAACGCUGUUCAUGGUGCCUUCGCGGGUUUCAGCGGCAUCACAACCGGAGUAUGCAACACGCACAAUGUGUACUUGCCAAUAUCGGAAGUCAUCAAGUCAACGAGGUUUGUUGAUCCAAACAGCCGGAUGUGGCAUCGGUGCUUGACCUCAACUGGACAACCAGACUUCCAUUGAUCAAUUCUUAUCAGAGAAGCUUGUAGCAUCUGAUGGUAACAAGAAUAGUUGAUGUCUUUGAUGUAUAGUGAAAGUAGUACUUCCAUUGUCAGUAUGGUUAUAUGUUCGAUGACUUUUUUUUUCCAUCUUCCAUCUGGGAAAAAGAAAAACAUCAUCUACCCUCUACCAGGCCCUUGAGGUGCCACCAAGGUUUUUCCCUUUUUCGUAGAUUAGUGUAUACAAUAUUCUUAGAAGCACACAGGAUUAGUGAAGGUUUCUUAUUGCAAUCCUGGAAAGUGCAAGGGGGAUGAUGGUUGGUUCCCGUUUUGGCGUGAACGAUUGCAGUGCCAUUUGUAUGCUACUAAAGGUACGUACUGCUGAAAUAAUGAAAAGGGCGUUGCCUUCCUGUGUAUUCUGUUUCGACCAUUCA